CGUUGCAUUUUGCUGAUGCAUUCUAGAACCAGAGUUUUGCAUAACUUCACCAAGAACCACUGCUGCUAUACAGGGAGUGGCCAGUUUUCCUUUUAUAAGCAGAGCUGGAAUAAAUUGUUGCUUUGGACCAGACUGCAAAGAUCUGAUUUUCGAAAGCACGGAACCCAACACUCUGCCACGAUGAUUUAUCUUUCAGGGCUUGUUGGCUUUCUGUUGGUGUUAACAGCUGAGGCCAGAGUUGGAAACUCAUCUCAGUUGCAGUUCUGUACUGAGACAGAACAGUGCCUGCUGUUUGAUCGGAUUUGUGAGACUGACAAAUAUGAGGUCCGUCACUAUGACUCUGUGAAAUGGGUUUCAACUGACGAGACAUCCUUAUUCAUGGAGAUUGCAGCAAUGAGAGCAUUCAAACGACUCUUUAACUACAUCGCUGGUGCCAACGAGAAUGGAAAGAAAAUUAAAAUGACAGCUCCUGUUCUUGUGAAAAUUUCUGAGGACAAGUCAUUUUGGCAAAUGGGUACCUACACGUUGAGUUUCUUGCUGCCAUCUGAAGAUCAGACAAAUCCCCCCAAACCUAAUGAUAAUAAGGUGUACAUCCACCGGAUGGCAGAUAUGAAGGUGUAUGUACAGACCUAUGGAGGAUGGAUGACGAGCAUGUCUGACAAAAACAAAGCAAGCAGUCUGUCCUCCGCCCUUGACUUAGUCGGUGCAGAGUACAACAAAGGCUUCCACUAUGCUGUUGGCUAUAACAGUCCAAUGACCAUGUUUAACAGGCACAAUGAGGUGUGGUUUGUCGUUGGGGAUGACCCGGUGUGUCCCAGCAGUGAGGAAUUGGAGUCUUGAAUAUUAUGAGCCCUGUGCAAUGACAGCUUACAGCAGACAUUGUAUAUGAAGAGAUAAUGUCUCUGGACAUUGCUUCAGGUCAUAGUGUGUCAAAUAAAUAACCUGCCAGCGAGAGCACAGAAUUUAAAAAUGCUGAUACAUCUGAAUUAAUUGUGUACACCAUGUAGCACUUGUGAAGAUGGUUUUACACUUGCUUGUUAGGUUGUUUUCUGUUUCUAUUCAAUAAACUUACCCUUUUGCAGCGA